AUGGGCGUCUGCACGUACUAUCAGCGAGGCGCAUGCAAGUUUGGAGAUUCCUGCAAAAAUGAACACCCCGGAAGUUCGCGAGAUGCGAACCGUGGGGGAAGUGCCUUUGGCGGUUCAAACAACAACCGCUUUGGCGCCUUCAACGGGGAUCGCUAUCGUCCUGGCCAAAAUGGCAGUUCCGACACAUUUGGGGGUAACCGUGAUGCUAAAUCGCCAAGCUUCCAUCUGGAUCGGGACGACAUGAAGAACGACCUCACCACCCAACGGCCAAUCUAUCCGCUGUCUUGCUAUGGCCCAGGACGUGAGGCUCCUCGCCAGCUUAUCGAGGGACCAGUCGAGAUCAGCCCAGAAGAGCUUCGUCUGCGGUAUUAUACUUUACGCACAGCUGGCAAUGAGCCCCAAGCGCAACAAGAAGAAUCUGCUCUCAAUGAAAAGAUGCAGCAGCAAGUGAAGGCAAUCCUCGAUGACAUACCUGGUGCUAUCCGGUAUAUAGAAGAAGGCGCCAAUGUUCAUCCGAAUCGGAUUGACAUUGCCAAAGGCAACGCUAGUGCAAGUGACUCAACCAACGCUGCAAAUACAUCUUCAGCCGCAGCCUCUAAUCCAUUUAUGAAAGCACCUGGAAACCCAUUCCAGACAGCAGCAGCCUCUCAAGGAUCGGCGUUCGGACAGACUUCAACACCAGCCUUCGGCAAACCAGCUUUUGGCCAGCCGUCAAACCCAGCACAAACCACAUCCGCUUUUGGUCAGCCUUCAAAUCCCGGUCAAACUACCUCAGCUUUCGGUCAGGCUUCAACCCCGGGCCAAACUGCGUCACCGUUUGGUCAAGCAUCGAACACAGGCCAGACAUCCUCAGCCUUUGGUGCCGCCUCAGCACUUGGUCAAAAGCCAUCACCAUUUGGUCAGCCUUCAGCUUUGGGUAGUGGUGGCAGUGCAUUUGGGAAACCCGCCUUUGGCGCCUCUGGAUUUGGGCAACCGUCUAUGCCCGGUGCAGGGAGCGCAUUUGGACAAGCCAGUAGCUUGGGUGCAGGCUCUGCUUUCGGGAAGCCAUCAACACCAGGCGCGGCAUCUGGGUUCGGGCAGACGAAUGCUCUAGGGCAGAAGCCGAAUCCCUUCAGUAAACCAGGCUUUGGACAAAGCGGAUUUGGCCAGCCUGCGCAACCCGGCGCUAAUGCCUCUCCUUUUGCUCAAGCGGCACAAUCCGGUGCAUCGCCAUUCGGCCAGACAGCACAGUCUGGGACGUCUCCUUUUGGGCAAGCAGCACAGUCGGGUCCUUCACCUUUUGGCCAACAAGCUCAGCAAGCAAGUCAACCAUCGCCAUUUGGUCAACAAGCUCAGCAGACAUCUCAGCCUUCGCCGUUCGGCCAACAAGCCCAACAAUCACAGAAUCCAAGUCCGUUUGGACAAACGCAGCAGACACCUGCACAGCCCAGUCCGUUUGCCAGCGCCGCUGCAUCACAAACCCCAGCGUUCGGCCAGCCAAGCAAACCCUCACCUUUUGGCACUCAGCCCACACAACCUGCCGCAACACAAUCACAGCCAGCCAACCCCUUCUCCACAGCACAGAAAUCUGCAGCCCCAGCUAGCACACCUUCACCCUUUGCCACCCAGCCUACUGCUAAUAUGACUACGCCCAACCAGCCAGCACAACAGCAAGCCCCUGCUACACAGCCCGCUUCAGCAGGGCGUCCACAUGUACCUGGUGUCACGCCCGAUGGCAAACCCAUCGAUGCCAAGGACCGCUACAAGGAAGGCAAGCCCGAAGAGUAUGAGGGCGAGCAAGGAAAGAUGCUGGAAGAGAUCUACAAGCGUGUUGCCCAGCUCGGUCGGUUCAACGAUGACGAGGAUAUUCCGCUUACACCGCCAAAGUGCGAAUGGAUCGCGCCCUUGACAUUGUAG